AUGUUGGUGCUCAACCAAGAUUUUCGUUUAACGCCUUUGGAAGGUCUUGAGCACAAAUUUGUUACAAUGAGUCAUCUUCAUGCUUACACCAAUACCAACUAUUUCCGCACUGGUAUGAAAAGGAUGGAGGUGUGCGUGCGGCGUCCAACAGCUGUCGUGAAUUCUUCUGCCCAGCUUUUUCGCGGCGGAGCUCCAGCCACACCGAUUGCCCAGAGUAUGUGCAAUCCAAGUUCUAGUCGAUUAAUAAUCAGCAAUGCUGCUACUGUAAAGCGUGAUUAG